AUGGGGCAUUCUCUUGCGCAGGCUCCAGCGGGCUCUCCGGCAAAGUCAUCGGCGGCAACACCCAUAAGGUCGCCGGUUCCAACCCCAGCGAAAACACCCACUUCAUCUGCAUCUCCAGCGCCCUCGCCUGUGGCUUCGUUCCCUGCUAUUGCACCUUCUUCUGCCCCUUCUUCCCCAGCCGGAGCUCCCACAACAGAUUCUUUUUCCCCUGCUCCCUCUGUUCAAUCCCCAACCCCAUCAUCUUCAGAUGGCACCAUUCCUUCUGCCGCCUCUGCUACCUUCGUUCAGAAAAUGAGCGUCUUUGGAGCUGCUUUGCUCGGAGGUGCCGCUUUUCUUGUGUAA